AUGGACGCGGCUGUUGCUGCAGUCUUGUCCAUGGAAGACUGCCGCUCUUCAACGCGGCAGAGGCGCGUCUUCAACGCGUGCGGAAAGCCACUCGGCACCGAACUCAUCAACCCCUCCUACUACUUCACCGAGAACCGCCGGUGCGAGCACCAGCGCAGACUGGGGCUUCCCAAGGGGCUCCUUCCCCACGUUGAGACGCACGAGUUCGCGUGCAUCACCGACCUGCCACUCGAGGAGAACAUGAACAAGCUCGUCCCGGACGCGCUUUUGCCGAACCUGAAGGGCACGGUUGGCAUGUCCGCGCUCGACGUGCACGGAUGCAUCGCGACGGUGACAUCAACGGGUGGGUGGACGAACAAGCUCGUCAGGCAUCAACAACCAGACGAGCAUCGACCUCGAGCGGCGGCAGAUCUCACUGAGGCCGCAGCCGCAAAGCUUCACCAGCGCAAAAGUUGCAAGGUUCUCACACGCGACAUGCCCGUCCCCUCCUACCGCACGGACAACCUCCAUGUCACCCCAGUCGACCCCGCCUUCCUCCCUCCGCUCUACGAACCUGUGUCAGCGGACAAGAUCGACGUGACGGUCGCGAUGGGCAGCAUCAGCGCGCUGUCUAUGUUCUCCUCCACCGAGCUCGCGCACAUGAUCACUGUCGGCGGGCUCUCGCACCUGAACCAGUUCCCAGCGUUCUUCGCUGUGUACGUCUGCGCCACGCACCGCGGUGACAUGAAGGUGCUCGCCCUCCUCAAGACACUCGACAAGAUCCUGUACUCAGGCCAACCGAUGCCGCUCGAGGACGAGGGCUGGGCAUACGUGCAGGACCUCACACUCCGGAACCUGUUUGGGAGCACCAAGUGCGGCGCGAUGUUGCUCUCCGUGCGCAGCAACAGGCGCCCGACUCCCGUGCUCCACCUGAUCGCGGGCACGCACUACUCCCCGACGCCACCUCCUCCUUUUUCGUCAUGCUCGCGCCCACGCGUUGCCCUUCCUCUCCGACGCCGCCUCCUUCCUCUUUGCUACGCUCACGCCCACCGUGACCCCCUGGGCAGGCGCACACAUGCCCGUCUCUGUCUCCUCAAACCCAUUCGAUGCCGUGUGCUCUCCCCUUGGCACAUCCCUGACCACCCAUGGCCCGUCGACCUCCCCUGCGACAUCGCUCCUCAAGCUUGA